GGGUCGGAAUUCCAAGUUAGGGGGGAACGAGUUUCGCGUUUGAGUGGGACGCAGCAGCAUCAAGAAUAUUCGCUCAUGACAACAUUCAAUCGGUUGUUCAUUUUUAUUCCACACUGUAUACGAUAAGUCUAGUUUCCCGCACUCUGAUUCGCUAGUUUGCAGAGUUUGCUAGUCGCACUAGCCAAUCCCAGACCGGAUGUGGCGUCACAACCGCGAGAAGCUUCUCGUUGGAAGCUAACGCUGAAAAAGUCGCUACAGUUCGUUUUAUUAAUCAACUGUCAAGAUGAUCUUGACAGUGAAACCUCUCCAGGGCAAAGAAUGUAGCGUCCAGGUUGCAGAAAACGAGAAGGUGUUGACAGUGAAAGAACUGGUGUUUGAGCGCUUGAACAUUCCGCCGCAUCAACAGCGGCUGCUCUAUAAAGGAAAAGCCCUGGCAGACGAAUACAGACUGAGCGAUUACUCCAUCGGUCCAGAGGCCAAGCUGAACCUGGUGGUGCGGCCAACAGGAGAGAGAAACAACGGCUCGGCAGUAGGCAGUAACUCCAGUAGCAGCAGCACUGGGAGUGGAGUAUGGCAGUUACUGUCCACCAUCCUGGCCAAACACUUCAGUCCUGCAGAUGCAGCCAAAGUCCAGGAACAGCUAAUUAAGGAUUACGAACGUUCCCUCCGACAGCUCAGCCUAGACGAUAUCGAGCGCCUGGCUGGACGCCUGCUGCACCCCGAGGCAGAGGGAAUGGACAUGUCAUACAUGGACUGAGACAAGCUACAAGCAUACAUAUAAAUAAAUAGUCACAAACACAAAAGCACACGUUGACAGCAGCAACCUGACGUUCGGGGAAACACACGCGACGAGGACGUUUAGGAAAUGUCCGGACUGUAAGACCACGUCUGCUUACUUCAGGUUGGCCGCAUGCGAGCGUGGCUCAGCGAAAACAUGUCCCCCCAUCCCCCUCUCUUGCUUUCAGAUGCCAUUUGCAAACGUGACUGCCAUCAGUAUGCUCCUGGGUUUUAUUUUUCCCAUCUUCCUUCAUGAAGGAGUGAGAAAGGCAUGAUGACACCAUGAGUACAGAUUAAACAGUGCACAUAAAGAGUGGUUGUGUUUGAUUUCAGACGCACUCAGAUUUCUAACUCUGAAUAUUUAUUCCCAUUUUCUUAUUCUUUCUACGACCACAUGAGGAUUGAUGAAAGCUCGAAUGAUGUGUUCCUGGUGGUACAAGUGUAGAAUUUUAAAAACGGAACUGCCCUAAGAUACAUUGGGGUUAACUUCCUUCUUAAACCAGAAUAAAAUGCUAGAAGGAAAUGGUCUAUAAAUAGUCUAAGAUCUUUGCUGCAACUAUCUUAUACCUCACAAUGUACAUUAUUCUGCUGGUUCUUCUGCAUGUGCUGGAGGUUGCCACAGAAAUCGGUUUGAAGCUUCGAGAACGGCAGUGUUUUCACUCACGAUGCUUGUUACGUCGGGAUGCUUUAUGAACAUAUUUAUUAUAAGUUAAGGAGUUACAUUAAUCACCACUGACCAGAAAGUUAGUGUUGGGUCAUGUGAGCACUCAGACUCUGUAAAUCAUGUUUCUUAUUAUUAAAACUGUCAACAUUCA